UAGUUUCGCUUUGUAGACGAAAAAAAAAUUUGCAGAGUAGAAAAAUUAUUUUAUAUUUUGCUUUGGUAAUACAGGGAUCGAUUAACGCAUAGCGAUAUAGUUGGUGUUGGUAUUAUUGAUACAUUAGAUAAAGAUCGUGGCUUUCUUCCAACAUUUGGUCCAUGUUGGAUUAAUUUAUAUGGUGCACCACGUGAAUAUUCAGAAAUUCCAACAGCAUUAGAUGAAUUGAAUACUGGAAAAGAUGAAGGUGUUGCAUAUCGUGGACGAAGAUUUGUUGAAUUACAAACAAUUCUUGGUGAAACUCCAACAGAACCUUUUGGUAAUAUAUCAAAUUCUGAUUUAAUUCGUGCAUUACCAUAUCAAUCACGAAAAAAAUAUAAAUUACGUGCUGCAUUUCUUGAUGCUUGUAUAUUAUAUGAACAUGAAUUAAUGAUUGAAUUUGAAAUAAGUAUUGGAAAUUAUAGUAAUAAAUUUGAUGAUCUUGUUGGAAAUGCAAGUAGUUCAAUAACACCACCAACAAAUCCUGUUUUUUGA